AUGCUAGGUCAUCAACUGGACAAGCGUGCUUCUACGGCGAUACCAGCUCCCAUCUCUGUGGCUCCAAGUCAGAAAUUUGAGGGUUUCGACGGGCCAUGGUCAACUUUUCCAAUCCAGAUCGGCACUCCCCCACAAUCCAUAAACAUCUUGAUCUCGACAGCUAGCACGCAGACAUGGGCUAUUGACCCUCAGGGCUGCGUGCAGUCCGACCUUUCCAAUUGUUCGACAUCACGCGGCGGCUUUUUCAACUCAAAUAAAUCCAGCACCUGGAGUCAAAAUGUUGACGCUUCGAAUGGCCUAUUUCCCAUUGAUCUGGAGGCAAAUCUAAACGUGACUGCCGUUGGGGCUUAUGGAGAUGACACAGUAACCCUUGGAGGACAGGGCAGUGACGGCCCAGAGCUCCAGAAACAAGUCGUUGCCACAAUUGCAAACAAAGCAUUUUACCUAGGAUCAUUCGGCCUGAAUCCCCAAUCAGUAUCUUUACCUCAAAGUCCAGCUCUGCUGUCAAGCUUCUUAUCUAACUUGAAUGCCAGUAAUUCGAUCCCGUCGUUGAGUUGGAGCUACACUGCAGGAAAUCAGUAUCGACCAGGCCCGGUGUUUGGCAGUCUGACUCUGGGUGGGUACGACACAUCCCGCUUUGAGCCAAAUGGUGUUACCUUUCCAUUCAAUGACUCAGACGUAUCUCGAAGUCUAACGGUCAACAUCGGAGCGAUGUUCUUGCACACUAAUGACUUUGAUACGAUAUUGGAGAACAGCAACCAAAGUCUCUUGGCCGCAAUAGAUUCGACGACACCGUACGUCAUUCUUCCACUGGAGCUUUGUCAGCAAUUUGAGGAGGCAUUUGGGCUUGUCUGGAGACCAGAUGUCCAGGCAUACCUUGUCAAUGAGACGCUACAUAGCACCUUACAGACGCAAAAUACAUCGGUAACAUUGACCCUUGGUAACUCUUCAACAAUACCAGGGGAGGGUUUCAACAUAUCGCUUCCAUACGGUGCAUUUGACCUCAUUGCUGAAGCUCCUCGUUUGACCAAUUCAUCUCGCUAUUUUCCCUUGAUGCGAGCUGCAGAUGAAAGUCAAGUUACGCUGGGACGGACUUUUCUUCAAGAAGCGUAUCUUAUUGCUGAUUAUGAGCGUAAAAAUUUCACUGUGUCCCAGUGCAAGUGGGAUCAAGGCGCACAAAGUCAUAUCGUUGCAAUCAGACGCUUUGGAGACGAUAAACCUUCCACCUCUCAAGGGCUCUCUUCAGGGGCAAUAGCUGGAAUAGCCAUUGGCGCUGUUGUCGCUGCGAUUAUAGUCGCGGUGUUGGGCGUCUCAAUGUGGAGAAAACACCGUCGCGGUCCAAAAGAUUCGAAGCCGAAGCAUAUAGAUGUCGUAGUACCUGAGCUUGAUUCUUCAGGAAAUGAUCCGUACAAGCUCUUGGGUGGAGACAUGAGCCCAGGGUUGCCUCACAGCCCUGAGUUGGAAGGAAACGAACAUAAAGGACAUGAGCUGGAAGCUAGCCCGAAGCCGGACCAACAGGACGAAGGCGAGCCUCCGCCAGAGCCACUGUACGAGUUGGAUGCAAACACUAGACGGAGUCAAGCCAUGACAUCUCCAAUUUCGUUUAUGAGCGACAGAUCAGACGCGACCAGGCUACAUCAACGCCAGCAAUCCGAUCCUGUAUCAUUAUCAAGUGCGGUGUCCGGGCCUCCUGAGGGUCCUGAGGGCCCUGAAAAGAAACUCUCGGAGCCAAUCUCCCCAAUGCGAGCAAGAUCGGAUGCCAUAAGAAAGCUUCAACGUGAGAAGUCGGACGCUGCGCCAGCGACAGAGUAA